AUGGGAAACAAACCCUCAUAUCUCCGCACUCCAGAGGAAUCCAAGGAAACUGUCUUCACAUCUGUGGUGCACAGGAUUCCUGCUCUAAUCUACCUCGGAGACAACAAGAUCCUGUCCUUUGCAGAGCGCAGGAUGACUACAGAUGAUGCCAGCACAGUGGCGCUGGACAUGAGAACAGGAAAGGUGAACAGGAAUCAGGAAUCCAAUCCUGAGGUGACAAUUGAGUGGUCAGAUGUAAAAGAAGUUACCAAGGCACAUCUUCAUGGAUGCCGUCCUAUGAACCCCUGCCCGGUGUAUGAGAAGAACAGCAAAACACUGUUCCUGUUCUUCAUCUGUGUCGAAGACGGAGUCACAGAGGGGGACCAGAUAGAGCACCACAAAAAUGAGACCCAUCUCUGCUACAUCAAGAGCACUGAUGAUGGCCAAACCUGGAGUGAGGUGACUGUAUUCACUGAAAAUGAGUUGGAUGAAAUCGAGCAGUGGGACACAAUGGGUGUUGGGCCAGGCCAUGGUAUUCAAAUGGAAAGUGGUAGAUUGAUUGUCCCACUUUAUGCUUAUUAUCCUUGUUGCUUUUACUGUAGCUGUUACUGUUGCUGUUGGUGUGAUUCUUCCUUUGCACUCUGCCUGUACAGUGAUAAUCAGGGUAAAUCUUGGACACUGGGCAAUAAACUUACAAUGAAAUCAAAUGAAUGUGAAAUGGCAGAGGUGUUUGAUGAUAAAGGCAAAAGCAUAAUCUACUGCAAUGCGCGUCUUCCAGGGCAUCAUGUAGGGUGUCUUGUAGGGCAACGAAUAGAAGCUUUCAGUAAAAGUGGAGGAGAAGAGUUUGGUACUGCCAAUUCUGUUGUAAAACUUUUGGACACAGGCUGUCAGGGAAGUGUAGUCUCCUUUCCAGAUCAAAGUGAAGUGCAGCCAGUUCAUAACAAGUGGCUCCUCUUCAGCCACCCUACUGAUGAGUACAAAAGGGUUGAUUUAGGAGUGUAUCUGAACAAAACCCCACAGAAUCCAAAUGCAUGGAACAAACCCUGGAUCAUCAACUAUGGACCCAGUGGUUAUUCAGACCUGGCUUACAUUGAUGAUGGUUGGUUUGUUUGUUUAAUGGAGUGUGGGGAGAAGACAGAAACUGAGCAGAUAGCGUGUCGGGUUUUCAGCUACAAUCAUGUGGAGCAGGCCAUUGCAGAGUAG